AUGGAACGCGCGCCCGGAGCGUUUCUCGCUCGGCCGCCGUUUUUUCUGCCGCCACGCGACAGGUACGCACAAAAUGGCGACGCUGCCCGCUCCAACCGCCCGCGAUGCAACGGCCCCACAUUAGCGGCGCGCCUAACAAUAUCCGGGCGAACGAAUUUAUCGCGCGCAAGUGCACCCCGCGUCGGCCGGGUAGGCGGAAUAAAAAUGAGGCAGGUAGGCAUGCCAGAUGCGCCAGGUAAUGGACUCACCGGACGCGGCCGUUAC